CCAUCUCUAUUAAGCCUCACCCCUCGCGAUCUUGAAAAGAUAGCGCGCCGUGCCAUGGCUGAAAAUGUACCGCCAGCCGGCACGGCAGCGAAGCCUCCGGCCAGCGGCGACAGACCUGGCUUACCAUACUACGAGAAGUUAAGACGAGAUCUACGUGACACCCUGCAGAAGAAGCGUCUACUGGAUCGCAAUAUGGCUGCUGUGGAAGACCAAAUCUACCGGCAAGAAACGGCAUACCUGGAAGAAACGUCCAUUGCAGGCAACAUCGUCAAGGGAUUUGACAACUACAUCAAGGCGUCUGCCGUGUCGGCGGCUGCAACUUCAGCAGGAGGAACAAUCUCUGGCAGUGCGGCUGGUGGCGGACUGGGAGCAGGACGGAGAAAAGCUGUUGUGAAUGAUUCAGACCGCGUCUUUUCUCGAAGUUCAGUAUCCUAUAUGCGCGACUCGGAUUCGCCUAGCAGUGCUACGAGUACACCGAACCACGCAGGGACGCCGACUGGCAGUUUCACGAAUGAGAAAGGUGGUGAUAAAAAGAAGAAGAAGAGCACAGCGACGAAUGAUGAUGACACCGAUGGAAGGCCAACGAAGCGGCAAAAGAUCAGUUUCGGCGGAUCAAGAAAGGGUCAGGAUGAUUGAGCGCAGGGCCCGUCGUUUAGGAUUGCGCCGAUGGGUGUUGAAUCGAUCCAUAGCCAUCUGAAGGCUUGCGUGAUCCAAAAAGCGCCCAACAGACAGACAGUCGGCCACAAAGGCAGAUGCUGACCUGCGCAUGGCGAGGAUGCAUCUUAGUAGAUAGGACGACAGCGACUGCGCCCAGCUGCAAAACCGCCGCUUCGGCAUACGGAAGAGUGGUCCGUAAGUAGAGCCGGUCAAACCCGUUUCAGAUUGGGGCUUCAUUGCCUCGGCUAGACCUUGCGUCGUCAAUAUCAGAGACCUCUUCACAAG